AUGGGGCCUAAAAGUACUGACCUCGCGUCCAAAGACACGUCUGAUGAUGCCGUUCUGCGAAGUUUGGGCUACAAGCAGGAGUUUAAGCGUGCAUUCAGCCCACUGGAAUUGUUUGGUGCUGGAUUCAGCUUUAUCGGCGUGGUGUCGUCCAUCGCAUCUACCCUUGUCUAUACGCUGCCCAACGGUGGCCCCUUCUCUAUGAUCUGGGGGUGGGCUAUAUGCAUGAUAUUCAUACUUACCAUGUCUCUGGCGAUGGCGGAACUUGGAUCUGCAGCACCGACUGCAGGCGGUCUAUAUUAUUGGACGUUUUCAUACGCGUCCCCCCGAUGGCGCCGCCUUCUAUGUUGGAUUGUCGGUUAUGCGAAUACAAUCAACAGUAUCGCGGGUUUCUCUUCAACAAUAUGGGGUGCAGCUGUCCAGAUUAUGGCGGCAGUCAGCAUGGGCUCUGACUUAACGUUCACUCCCACCAACGGACAAAUAUACGGCUGCUAUGUCGCGCUAUUGCUAGUCCAAGCAGUGCUUUGCAGCUCCGCGACUAGGAUUAUCGCCGGGUUGCAGAAACCCUACCUAAUAUCUAACUUAAUGCUAAUUGCGGGAAUAAUUAUCGCUCUCCCCGUGGCAACACCAAGAGAAUACAUCAACACGGCCAAAUUCACCUUCACGGAGUUCGAGAAUUUGACGACUUGGCCUGCUGGAUUUGCGUUUACUCUGAGUUUCUUAGCACCUCUGUGGACCAUGAGUUGCUUUGACUGCGUCGUACACAUCAGCGAGGAAGCGUCCAAUGCGAGCGUCGCUCUGCCGUGGGCCAUCAUUUCUGCAAACAUGGUAUCCGGCGUCCUUGGUUGGGGCCUGCUCAUUGCAAUCGGCUUCUGUAUGGGUACGGAUGUCAAUAGCAUCGUCUCCAGUCCCAUAGGACAACCUUUAGCAGCGAUCUUCUACAAUAGUUUCGGCAAGAAUGGGACACUUGCGAUGUGGGCCAUCAUCAUCGUAUUCCAGUUCAUGGCGUCUAUCAGCGUGCUUACCGUUGGCUCGCGACAAGUGUUCGCCUUCUCUCGCGACGGUGCUUUGCCAUUCUCCCGCUAUCUCUACCGCGUCAAUGGUUAUACGCAGACGCCGGUCAACUGUGUCUGGUUCACUACGAUCGCAGCUAUUCUUUUGGGCUUACUGUCUUUUGCGGGCUCUGCAGCGAUAGGUGCCGUCUUUACCCUCGGCGUUGCAGCGCAGUACAUCGCCAUCGCCAUUCCAAUUGCUUCGAGAUUCACAUUUCCGAAUAAGUUCCGACCAGGUCCAUUCACUUUGGGCAGUUUGGGCCGUCCAGUCGCUACUAUAGCCGUCCUGUGGAUGAUGUUUUGCUUCGUCAUCUUCUUGUUUCCUACGGACCCAAGACCGCCGGUACAGGAUAUGAAUUAUUCCAUCGUUGUCCUUGGGGGUACACUCUUUUUAUGUCUGGCCUGGUAUUACUUCCCUCGCUACGGCGGAGUACAUUGGUUCCAAGGUCCGAUCCGCAAUAUCGACAUAGACUACGAGAAGACAGAUGGUGAGGAGCAGGUGAUUGCGGAGACAUCUUCACUCGAGAAAGGCUACGUGGACAAAACAGCGUAAUUUCUUAGAAGAGAGGGAAAAUUAUGGUACACAUCUCUGUGGCGAUUGUACUGCCUUGAAUAG